AACAUCUGUUUUUCAUCAACAAUUUGUUAAUGUUUUAAUGGAUAGAAGUUUAAUAAACCUAACAAUUGAUUAAUUCACUCCUCAAUCAACUUCAUCGACUUGUUUUUUAUGUAAAUUAUUAUUUUGUUGUUGUUUAUUUUACUGUAAUUACGAUUUAGUGUUAAUAUGGCGCUCACUAUGCAAAGGAUCACAGCAUUUAAAUCGUCUUCUUCAUCUUUAUCGAUUGUUCAUCGAUUUAAUUUGGAUAGAUUUGAGAGAUUUUAUGGGACUACAGCCUACGAUUCAUUUCGUCCGAGAAAUACUCCCGCUAGAAUGCAACGUUUGGCAGAAAAUUAUAUGUAUAAAAUGCAACAAAAAUAUGGUCUUCGCACGAAAAAACGAUUAAAGCCCAAAGGAGUUCAUUUCAGCAAAGGUGUUCCUCCUUCACUUUUAUCUGACGUUGAUGAAGGUCUCAAAGGUGUUCUUAGACACAGGCAAAGAGUCCUGGAUAAAAUAUUCAUGGAAAAUUUAACUGAAAUUCUUUCUACAAAUCCAAUCGGGGAAUUUCUUAAAGAAAUGGAUGUUUUGAUUACACAGACUGAAAUAACAAAAGAUUAUCACAUUUUACAUGUUUACUAUUAUUGUGAUUCAACGAAAGCUAAAACAGUGUUGUCAGAGUUAAUCAAAAUCAAGGAGAGGCUAAGGUUUUUAUUGACUCAAAAAUAUAUUAUGGGAAAAGUUCCAACAAUUGAGUAUAUUUAUGAUCUUUCCUAUGAUUCUGAAUCUAAAUUGGCUGAACGGCUUGAUUCUUUAGAUCUUGGUCCACAGGAAGAGCAUCAGCGCGUUGAAGUUGGUCAAGAAUUUAGUCCUCCCAAGCCAGAUCCUGAACCAUUCAAACCAUUAGGCACACGAAGACGGGCCAAGGCAUUGACUACUUUUGAUCCUAAUUUUGCCAACUACUCGACAAAUCCAUAUGAGAAUACGAAGGCUCCGCAACGAUUUCUUGUCUUUGAAUAUCCAGAUGACAUGAGAUUGGACAUGUUUAGUUUAGAUUAUAAAAACAUUGCCAAUAAGAUUUUAUUCAAUUUAAGCAAAACUCGAUCUCCAUCUCAAUCGUUCAAUCCCAUCUCUGAUCCAUUACCUCCAGUUGAUUGGUCAUCUGUGAAACCAAUGCCUCGUUUACCACCUGAUAUGAAUGAUCCUGCUCAAAAUUUCAAAGGACGUGUGGUGAUGAUGAACAAAUUUCUGAUCGAGAAUCGAAAAAAGAAGCAACUAUUAGCUCGAGAGGCCAAAAGAAUCAAGGAGCAAAUGUCACUUGAAGCAUCUGAAACCCUCAAUCAAGCCUUAGAUAAUAUUGGAUUUACAGACUUUUACGAAGAAACUGGAAACAUCGAAUCACAUGAAGAUUACGAGUAUUUACAUUCAAAAUUAGAUGAGGAGGAAAACAUUUGACAAUUGAAAGAGAGAUAAUAAUCUAAUAAAGAAUCAAGAUGAUGAUACUUAUGACUAUGAAAGAUGAUGCAGAUGCUGAUGCGAAAGAUGAUUAUUUCGACAAGGAUGAGUAAAUAAAAAGAUUGUAUACAAAAAGAAAAUUAUAAUAAUAUUAAAUUAUUUUGUACAGAAAUAAGAAGAGUUUUAACUGGAGAGAAAAAUAUUAGCACCACUCUAAUCAAAGGAUGAAGAAAUGACAAGGAACUAAUUUUGAUUUGAGAUUGCCUGAUUUGAAGAGAAGAAACUCUCCAGACCGAUGGUUUUUUAUUCUCUGAAUUCUCCAUGAUUUUGAGAACAGAGUUGAAAGAACAAAGAUAGAGAGCAAAGAUGGAAAGGAAACAGAAGAAGUAAAUGGAAAGAAAAGAAGAAAGACAAAAUUCGAAGGCCAAAAGGAGAAACAAUUUUGUGUGUGUAUUCUGAAUGUGUGAAAGAUUGAAUGAGUUUGAUUGAAAAGAGAUUGAGUGAAACAUGAAUUAGGUGUUAUGAGGAGACCACAAGACUGAAAUGAACUAUAUCAUUACAAAAAUGAUGGUAUAACAGUCAUAUAAUUGCAGAAUAAUUGUUUGCCGUUGGAUAAUGGAUUGACUCUUUCUCAUUGUUACACGAAUUUGACGUUAUCUGGUCCACAUAGGGCGGAACAUAAGUUAUAUCUUGUUUUCUCAAUUCUUCAAUGUGAUAUUCAAUUAUCUCCUUUCCCUUGUUUACAUUGGCUGCAUAAUGUUUGGCUGCCAAUUUUUCAACAGCACUUUCCAGUCCAUAAAACGAUUUUACUUCUAAACUAGCCGAUUGCUCGAAACAAGUCCACUCGGCAUUUUCUGGAUGCACCUAGAAUGGUUGAGGAAAUGAUGGAAAGAUGGAAAAAUUAGUCAUUUAUUUAAACAGACAAUCAAGCUAAUCAAUCAUGGCAACAACAAUCAGCUAUUUAUUUUCUCCCCACAUCCACAAAUCAAUUCUUGCUUCAGAUUAUCUGGCCCUUUUCACGAAUUGUCAUAUCAUAACUUAAUUACUUGAUUAUUGUAGCUAAUUUUUACCAUUUAAUCAAUACGAUUUGAUGAUGAUAAUAGAAAUUAACCUUCAAAUUGAAAAUAUUAUUCAAUUGUAAAGCAUAGGAACUAAACCUUUUGCUAGACACAUGUUGGCCUUAUGUUGGAUUGAUUGUAAUUCACUUAUUUACCUGUGAUCAUUAAACUCAUUUAACAGAUAAUUCAAAUUAUCAAAGCUUUAAUUUAAAACUACGAUCAACCUGGAGCUUAUUCUGGUUUUAAAUAUUGGAAAGACAAGAAAUUUUAAAACAAUGAAA